GACACUGUUAUAAAGAGUAAUACGUACUUAAAAUGUUUAUCAUAUAAAAUAAUGCAUUGUAGGUCGUAGGUUAUUCUCGAUUAUUGACUACAGUUGCAAUUAUUUCAUUUCAUUUACUCAAACACAAACAUGUCGAACAAGAAUUAUAAGUAUACCCUUAACGAAGGAUUCACCGAAGAGCAAAGGAAUUUCUACGAGGAGAAUGGCUAUAUAGUGUUUAGGAAGCUAAUUCCUGAAAAGGACAUCGACAUUUGCCAUCAGCGGUUUCUGGACGUGUGCAGUGGAAAAGUACAUGUUCCAACUGUAAUGAAAGUGAAGAAAUUAGGACCAAAUGGCGAAACUAGAUCGGAAUUUACAGUCAAUAAGAUUCAAGAAAUAUUGUACGACGAAAAGUUUUUCGACCAUUACGCUGCGCAUCCUAAGAUUGUCGAAGUCAUCAAGAUGAUAAUUGGACCGAAUGUGACGGCAGUCCACUCGAUGUUGAUCAAUAAACCUCCUGAUGUGCACGAGGAAAUGUCAGCUCAUCCGAUGCAUCAAGAUUUACACUACUUUCCAUUUAGACCUGCCAAUAAAAUUGCUGCUUCGUGGACUGCAAUGGAAGAUGUUACUGAAAAGAACGGGUGUCUCUUUGUUUUACCCGGAUCGCACAAGGGUCCAUUGUUUUCACACGAUUACACCGAAUCUGUUAAGAAUAAGUUAUACCACGGCGUGUUUGGCUUCAAUGAUGUUCCGAAGGUAAUGUUUCCAAUGGAAAAGGGCGACACUAUAUUUUUCCAUCCGCUUUUGCUCCAUGGAUCUGGACCAAAUUUCACACAAGGUUUCAGGAAAGCUAUUUCUGUGCACUACGCCGACAGCAAGUGCGAUUUUAUAAAUGUUAUCGGAACGUUUCAAGAAGGCAUCUCGAAGGAAAUAGAAUCUGUCGCUGAAAAGAAUUUCAAAUUAAAAAUUCAUAUCAAUACUGUUUGGAAAAUGAAAAGUCGUUUGAUUUGCGGCGAACAAGGCGUUUUUCAACAAAUUGACAGCCACUUGUAAAUUAUUUUAAUCUACAGUUUAAUUUUUGCUAUCUAUAAUUACUACUUAUUUGUGUUAGUUGUAAUCUGUUUUAUUAUUUUGAUUUAUCAUUAAUUAAAUAAAAAAAAUCCACUUCC